AUGAAAGGCGAUUAUAAUAGAUAUUUAGCCGAAUUUCUGCUUGAUGAUGAAUAUAAUAAAGUUGUUGAGGCAGCUUAAUAAGCUUAUAAAGAAGCCAAUAAUAGAGCUUAAGCUUUAGAACAUACUAAUCCUAUUAAAUUAGGGCUUUUAUUAAAUAUGUCAGUAUUUUAUUAUGAAAUUAUGUAAAAAACUGAUCGUGAUGUUAAAAUUGCUUAAGAUGCCUAUAAUAAUGCUAUUACUAGCAUUGAUAAAGUAAAAGAUGAACAUUAUAAGGAUACUGCUUUAAUUAUGUAACUUUUAAGAGAUAAUAUUACACUUUGGUCAACUGAAACUUAAGUUGAUGAUGGUUAAAAUGAUUGA